AUGCCAUCCUGGUGGGGGAAAAAGACUAGUAAGUAUGAGAAUUCUUCAAAGGAUUCAUCAAAUUCACCGAGUAAAAGCAAGGAUUUUGCUGCUAUAGGGAAACAAGGUGGAGGGCUCCCAUUGCCCAGUCCUUUGGAGUCAUCGAAUGAGCAUAAUCGUGCUCUCGGAGCUGGAUAUGCAUCCGGGUCGGGUUCCGUUCCCAGUGUUGGUUCAUCCGAAUCAUCUUGUGGCCAUGCCCAUGUUGUGGUUGAUCAUGCUUUCAGAGAACCUCGAGAUAAAAAAUUAAGUCCUUUGUUGCGAAGCCCAAGUCAAGGAGCAAAGGGGACUACCAAAGUUACCUCACCUCUUCAUCUGCGAUGUUAUGGUAUUAAUAUGGACUCUCCGACCAGGAAACCAGAAGAUGGAAAGAGUGAAUGUCAUAAGCUACCCCUUCCACCUGGUUCUCCUGCCAACCCUUCUAUGUUGCCGACCCCAAGAAGUCCCGGGAUAACUAAAACCUCAAGUUGUAAUCCAUCAAAAUGGAGGAAAGGGAGGCUUCUAGGAAGGGGAACAUUUGGUCAUGUUUAUCUCGGAUUCAACUUUGAGAACGGUCAAAUGUGUGCCAUAAAGGAAGUCCGGGUUGUUUCGGACGAUCAAUUAUCCAAAGAAUGUCUCAAGCAAUUGAAUCAGGAGAUUGAUUUGCUCAGUCGGCUUUCACAUGUAAACAUUGUUCAGUACUAUGGUAGCGACCUGAGUGAAGAAACACUAUCUGUUUACUUAGAGUACGUUUCGGGGGGUUCCAUCCAAAAAUUACUGCAAGAAUACGGGCCGUUUGCUGAGCCUGUCAUACAAAAUUACACGGGGCAAAUUCUCUUGGGACUCGCUUACUUGCAUGGAAAAAAUACAAUCCACAGAGAUAUCAAAGGGGCAAACAUAUUAGUAGGUACCAAUGGUGAAAUCAAACUUGCUGAUUUCGGCAUGGCAAAACCUAUAAAUUCCUCUCCUUCAAUGCUAUCUUUCAAAGGAAGUCCUUAUUGGAUGGCACCUGAGGUUGUAACGAAUACAAAUGGUUAUAGCUUUCCGGUGGAUAUAUGGAGCUUAGGAUGCACAGUUCUCGAAAUGGCAACGUCAAAACCACCAUGGGGCCAAUAUGAAGGGGUUGCUGCAAUAUUCAAAAUAGGAAACAGCAAGGAUAUCCCGCAGAUUCCUGAUCAGCUAUCGCCUGAUGCAAAAAGUUUCAUAAGGCUGUGCUUGAAAAGGGAACCAUCUUUGAGGCCAACAGCUUCCCAACUACUGGGUCACCCCUUCGUUAGGAAUCAAAUGGCAAUGAGAACAGUCAAUAUCACUGUAACUAGAGAAGCCUUCCCUCAUGCCUUGGAUAGAACCUGCAUCGCUAUGAGUCCCGAGCUGCUUUCCAGCAGAAUGAAUAAUAGUUAUAAUAGGGACGAUACAUCAAGGCCAAUACCAACCACACUAAGGACUUUAUCGUGCCCGAGGGAUAUUGCUAGAACAAUAGCAUCCUUGCCGGUUACUCCCGCUUCAAGCCCAUUACGACAUCAUGGAUCAGUGCAAAUAAACCGUUUUGUUUCUCCAACACACCCGUCUCACACUUUUGUCGACCAAAGCAUUUACAAUCAUAGUGAUCACUCCCCAUUUCCUGUGGAACAAAACUCCAGAAGAACGCUAGAUCAAUGGCUCGAAAUUCCUCGACUUAAAGCUCAAACACCUGUUAGGUCCCCUGCACGAACCAUUCUGUAG